UGCAGUGGGGUCUGGGUGUGGGGCGGGGUGGAGUAGGGAAGGCCAGGGAAUUGCUGCUGCUGAAGGGGGAGGCUGUGGGGUGGACAUACACCAGGGCGGGUGUCUGAUGUACAGGGGGAAGCUCUGGCCCCCAUGAUGAGCGGGCGGGUUGCACAAGGAGGGGACGGGGGACUCCCUGCAGAGAAAGAUGGGGCGGGAGUGGGAUUUCCUGCUUUUCUCCCCACUCAGAGGGUCCGUUAUGUGGAGCUGUUCUGCAGCUGCUCCUCCCCAGUGGCAGCUGCAUCUCUGUGCCACGUGAGUCGUUCCCGGCGUAGCCGGCCGGAUUUCCCUCUUACAGUAGCUCUCGGCCGGCCUGACCGUUCCUUGGAUUGGAAUGCACUCAAGGGAGGGGAAUUCCCCACCCUUUUUUCAUAUUUCCUGGUUUGACUCUGGACAGGUGUAUGUUUGCUUAGCCGGGUGCCGCAGGAAGCCAGUAAUUUAGCUGCAGUUUCCUUCAGCUGAUGCCCACCCCCCCGGCACCUGAAGUGCUGCCCGUCCGGGUGCCAGUCUUUCAUCCAGGACUCAUGAGUUGAAAUUAGUGACAAUCGAUCACGCUGGGAAGCAAGAUUUAGAUUGGCUCACGGGCCUGCCUACGUCGUGUCCUGCCUCUGACCAGAGAAAUCCUUGUCUCCCAGCUCCCAAGAGCUGCUUGGCCCCUGCCCCGAUGGGCGUAAAUUUUUGGGAACCGUCGAUUGAAGUACAUCAGCCUGGCAGUGCUAGUGGUCCAGAACGCCUCCCUCAUCCUAAGCAUCCGCUACGUGCGAACCCUGCCCGGGGAGCGCUUCUUCGCCACCACAGCCGUGGUGAUGGCUGAGCUGCUCAAGGGAGCCACUUGCCUGCUGCUCAUCUUCCUCCAGAAACAAGGCAGCGUGAAGCAGUUUGCCCUGUUCCUGUACGAUGCUGUGGUGGUGCAGUACGUGGACACGCUGAAGCUGGCGGUGCCCUCGCUGAUCUACACGCUGCAGAACAACCUCCAGUACGUUGCCAUCUCCAACCUGCCGGCAGCCACCUUCCAGGUCACCUACCAGCUGAAGAUCCUGACCACGGCCGUCUUCUCGGUCCUGAUGCUUCGCAAGAGCCUGUCGCGCCUGCAGUGGGUGUCGCUCCUGCUGCUCUUCACCGGCGUGGCCGUCGUCCAGGUGGAGCAGGGCCAGGUGGGCGGGGGGAGCUCCCCGGGCGCCGCCCAGCAGAGCUACGCCGUCGGCCUGGUCGCCGUGGUGGUCUCCUGCCUCUCCUCGGGCUUAGCCGGCGUCUACUUCGAGAAGAUCUUGAAGGGCAGCUCGGCCUCCGUGUGGCUCCGCAACGUGCAGCUGGGCAUCUUCGGGACCCUGCUGGGGCUGCUGGGAAUGUGGUGGGCCGAGGGGGCGGCUGUGGCUGCCCAGGGCUUCUUCCACGGCUACAGCCCGCUGGUGUGGGGCGUGAUCCUCAACCAGGCCUUCGGCGGCCUCCUGGUGGCCGUGGUGGUGAAGUACGCAGACAACAUCCUCAAGGGCUUCGCCACCUCGCUCUCCAUCGUGGCCUCCACCGUGGCCUCUAUGUACCUCUUCGGCUUCCGCCUGCACCCGCCCUUCGCCCUGGGGGCCGGGCUGGUCAUCGGGGCUGUCUACAUGUACAGUUUGCCCAAGGCGGGGCCGCCCCUGGGCCCUCGCCAGGAGCCCACGGCCCUGCCGCCCCUUGGCAAGGAGCCCAGCGAGCCGGGCUACCCGCCCAAGCCGGCAUGUAAAGAGAAGGGCUCCUGAGUCGGGCAGCGACUGGGGCGGGGCGACGUUCGCCGUGUCUGGAGGCGUCCAGCCCCGGCUUCAGCAGGGGGCCCCUCUGCCCUGCCCCAUCUCGGGGCCAGGUGAGGCAGCCUGGGAUCCUGCCUGUGGCUUUCAGAAAGAAGUAGGAGAUGCAGUGCAAGGGGAGGGCUGGGAGCCAGGACUCCUGGGUUCUCUCCCCAGCUCCGGGAGGGGAGUGGGCUCUGGGUGCUCCACCUCACUGUCAUUUCCUGAUUCACCCUGCCUCAGUUUACCCUUGCGUAAAAGGCAGGCAGCCAUUCCUACCUCCCAGAAGGGGAUGCGGCCGCUCACAGCGUGGCCAGUCCCCCUCACUCAAGCCCCCCGUCCUUAUGGGGGGGACCCAGGCACGAGCCGCUCAGUAUUAAUGCCCCCUAACCCAGUGGUUAUGGGGCAGCUGUGUGGAAUCCCCCAUUUUUAUCACUCCCCACUGUGGCCUUUUCUAUUUAUUGUCCAACAUGGAUUUUGACACAACA